GACCCGCAACUUAAAUAGGAAUUGUCAAGAGUAUACGGUCAACGAAGAGCGAUCUGUUACGUCAACGUCAGAGUUUGUUACACGGGCCAAUCCGUUCUUUUCAAAGUACUUUUGUCAUAAAGAGUAUACACGAAAUCAGAAGGGAAAACUUUAUGGCGAAAACGGGUUUCACGAUGAUAAAAGAACCCAAUGGUUCUCGAAAAACGGCCGUCGUCAAAUGAAUGAGGGUAUGUCGCGUGACGCACUCACGAUCCCCGGACAACGGGAUGAAUCGUAG